AGCCUUCCUGUGUAGGAUAAGAGAAUUCAGAGAGAUACAAAAGGCCCGUGCGCUCCCGGGAAUCGAACCCCGGUCCCGCCCAUCGCCCUCUGCCCUUCCCCGCCGCCAUGCCGGGCCUCCGCCGCCUCCUGCCGCUCCUGCUGCUCGCCGCUCUCUGCCCGCCCGCCCUCAGCCUCCGCCAUGAGCCCUCCAAGAUCGCCGUGGUGGGCGGCGGGAUCGGUGGCUCGGCCGCCGCCUAUUUCCUGCGGCAGAAGUUCGGCCGCGGCGUGCAGCUGCACGUGCUGGAGAAGGCAGCGCUGGGCGGCCGGCUGGACACGCUGGACAUGGAGGGGGACAGCUACGAGGCAGGGGGGUCCGUGAUCCACCCCGUCAACCUGCACAUGAAGCAUUUUGUUAAGGAGCUGGGCCUAUUGUCCACCACACACGAGGGCAGCCCCUCAGGCGUUUACAAUGGGGAGGAAUUUGUGUUUGAGGAGAGCAGCUGGUCCUUUAUCAACCGCCCCAAAAAGCUGUGGCACUACGGCCUCAACCCCCUGCGCAUGUCCAUGUGGGUGGAGGACAUCCUGGACAAGUUCAUGAGGAUCUACCGGUUCCAGAUGCACGACUACGCCUUCAGCAGCAACGAGCGCCUGCUGCACGCCCUGGGAGGCGACGACUUCACGCGCCUGCUCAACCAGACCAUCGACGAGGCCAUGCAGAAAGCAGGCUUCUCCCAGAAAUUCAUCAACCAGGUGGUGUGCCCGGUCAUGAGGUUUGCUUAUGGCCAAGGGGCCGGUGUCAAUGCCUUUGUAGGUGCUCUCCUUGUGGGCUGGCUGGAGUCAGGCCUUUGGUCUGUGAAAGGGGGGAACAAACUCGUGUGCUCCGGCCUCAUCUACUCCGCCAAGGCCGAGGUUAUCCCGGGAACAGUCGUGUCCAUAGAGCCAAAAACCAGACACAAGCGUGGCGGGGACCCGGUGAAGCUCUACGAGGUCACCUACAACACGUCCUCGGGGCUUACAGGGGACACCUACGACAUCGUCGUCAUCGCAGCCCCGCUCGGCCGCAAGAUGGCCAACAUCACCUUCCGCAACUUCGACCCUCCCAUCCCAGAAUUCCUGUAUCCCUACAAGCAGAUCUUCAUCACCUUGGUGCACGGGCGCUUGAACACCUCCUUCUUUGGCUACCAGGAUCCCCAGGCCUUUCACCUUGGGGCCAUUUUCACCACAGACAGCCCCAAACUGUUCAUCAACAGCCUGAACCUGGAGCCCCCCGUUGGGGACACGGGCACGGGUGGGAAGCUGCCACUGCCAUCAGCUGUCUGGAAGGUGUUUUCCAACGAGGAGCUGACCAAGGAGCAGCUCAGUUUGCUCUUCUCCUCCUACGACUCGGUGAAGGUGAAGCCGUGGCUGGCGUAUCCCCAGUACAGCGCUCCCGAGAAGUUCCCUCCCAUCGUCCUGCACGAGCAGCUCUACUACCUGAACGGGCUGGAGCGCGCCGCCAGCGCCAUGGAGAUGAGCGCCAUCGCCGCCCGCAACGCCGCCCUGCUCGCCUUCCACCGCUGGCACGGCCACAGCGCCCGCGUCGACCAGGAGGACCUGCACGAGAAGCUCAAAACAGAGCUCUGACACACCCCAGGGCUUGAGGAACACCUGUGAGCUCUGUGCUGCGCCCCUCCAAGGAGGUGUUCCCUAGGAUCGUGGGAUCCUUACAGCUGGAAGGUCUUUAAGACAUGACCUUCAAGAUCUUCAAGAACAUCAAGACCUUUGAGAUCAUAAUUAAUGAACUCCAUACUUGGUCCUUCCAUGGACGUGUUUCAUAGGAUCAUGGGAUCAUUACAGAUGGAAGAUCUUCAAGAUCAUCAUGACCUUCAAGACGAUCAAGAUUCUGUAAUUAACUCUAAUGAACUCCUUACUUCGCCCCUCCAAGGAGGUGUUUUGUGGGAUCCUUAAGGUUGGAAGAUCAUCAAGACCUUCAAGAACAUCAAAGCCUUCCAAGACUUUCAGGAUCUUCAAGACCCUCAAGUCCAACCAUCAGCCCAACCAUGAACGAUCUCCUCAAGUGCCGUGUCCCUGCGUUCUUUGGACACUUCCAAGGGUUGAUGACUCUACCACAACCUAGGCUGCACAACCCUUCCUUCCAUGACAAAAUUCUUCCCAGUCUCUCAUCUUGAUGUCCCCUGGUGCCACCUGGAAUUUGUCUGGCCAGCUCAGGAGGGGGCAGGAGCAGUGAAGCGUUCCCAAGUAAGCCGGGACAUUUUCCUCAUGCAAAUUCCUGAGUUUGAGGAAAACUGCUUGAUUUAUCACUGAGAUUAGGGAAAUCAUUAAAAGGACCAUAUUGACACCAAAAGUGUCCUCCAGUGGGAAUAUCGACUCCCUGGCUGUCCAUCCCUCUGCCCCAACUUUUCCUUCCAAGCAGUUAUUCCUCAGGGUGGAAACUGAGGGGAAUGGGGUGGUGGGAGAGAGGAAGAACCACCAAUAUCCAUUGCUGUGUUGAGGUAUGAAGCUAAUUAAAUUUAACAACCUGAGCGUUUUUUAAAGAGAAAACCACCAAAAAGAGCACAAAUUUAACAUCCAUGUCAAUAAAUUAAUGUUUUCCUUGA